GAGUUUCAAAAUGCAGAGGAGAAUCCGGCAAGUUUUCACUGCUUUGAGAGAGCAGGGCUGCGUGGGUCAUGCUAAGGUUGCUACCAUAGGAGGGUUCUGUGACCUCGAUCUUGUGAUCGUGAAGGCCACGGCUCCUAAUGACUUGCCACUGUCGGAGAGAUAUGUUCAUCAGCUUUUGAAAAUCUUCUCUAUUUCUCCCGCAUCGUUCCAAGCCUUUUCACACAGCUUUACUCGCCGCUUUGGGAGGACUCGCUGCUGGAGGGUGGCGCUAAAGUGUCUGCUUCUCCUCCAUCGCUUGCUUAGAAUGGUGCCUCAAGACAGCCCCUUUCGGGCUGAACUCCUUUGGAUUCGAUCCAACGGCUUGCUCUCCCUCUAUCCCUGUCAUUUUAGGGACACUUCUUCCUCUUCUUCCCAGGACUACACCGCUUUCAUCACAUUCUAUGCUCAACUCCUGGAUGAAGCCAUUGACUGCUUCUCCAUGGAUGAUAAGGCCACUGAGAAUGGAUCAGAAGAGUUCGAGAGCUUAUCGGAUAAAAUGAAAGAAAUGGGGCGAGUCCUCGAGGUGCUGCCGCAGCUCCAGAGCCUCAUCGAUCGAGUGAUGGACUGCCGCCCGACGGGUUCAGCUUCUCGUAGCUUCCUCAUCAAGUCAGCAAUGAAACACAUCAUUAGAGACAGUUUCACCUGUUACAGCACAUUCCAGAGGGAGAUUGUUGUGGUGAUGGACAACCUCUUUCAGCUCCCAUAUCGCAGCUGUAUUGCAGCUUUUAAUAUUUACAAGAAGGCAGCCGUACAAGCCGCUCAGCUCUGUGAGUUUUAUGAUUGGUGUAAAGCCGGAGGACUCUGUGGAUCAUACGAGUACCCCUUUAUAGAUAGAAUUCCACAUUUACAGAUUCGAGCUCUUGAAAAUGUCCUCCAUGGAAUGUGGCAGCUAACGGAAUCGUCUUCAUCCAACACGUCGUCAUCCUCAAUGUUGGGGUCUCCAUCUCCAUCCAGUUUCACGGAAGAUGAUGGCGACAAACAGAUGGUACGGACGAGGGAGAUUGUGGUUAGCACUCGAUGGGAGAAGUUUGAGGAAGAUGAGGAGAAGCCCCUACUUCAGAUGGAGGUUAGCAAUGCGAGCUGGGAGGCCCUUCUAGAAGCGUCCAUUGUAGUCUCUCAUGUCCCGCCAAACUACUUGUUCUGGAACUCCAAUGGCUAUAGCCAUGGAUACAAUGAUCAAAUCAAGGACCCGCACGAAGAUUCGCAAUUGAUGGAUGGAUGGAAGAUGCAGAUAUAUAAUCCUUUCUAUCACCCUCAAAACAUGAUAAAUUAUCAUGGGUUGGAACGGCAAGUAGCCCUACAGAACCAUGGAGACAAUGAGGCUUCAGAAAAGGUCUAGUUAGGCUUACGAUAUCAAAGGCUGUUUCAUUUCCAUGACGAUGGAAUGGUUUGUUUGGCCAGCAACUAGCUAGAUGGAUGGCUUUUCUAGGAAUGCGUUUUACUGCAUUUGUGUGUGAGCAUGUGUACCAAUUUUAUUGAUUAGUUUUUGGCACAUAUUUCCUAUGUUCUUCUCCUCUAUUUGAAUAGUUUGUUCCUUUUGCUCAUCUUCAUGAGCAAUAACAGUACAUGAUAUAUCAUGGAUUGUA